AGCCGGGUGAGCGCCCUGGAGGGCUGCCGGGAGGAAGAGGCGCCCCCGGCGCGGCUCCAGCCCCCCGCGGAGACCGAGGCGGCGGCCGAGCGGAUCCUGCUCCGCGGCAUCUUCGAGGUCGGGAGGGGCGGCUGCGACGUGGUGCUGGGCGAGCGCGCCCUGCGGUGGCGCCCCAUUCGGCCCGAGCGCCCCGCAGGUGAUGCCAAGUUUGAUCUGCUAUGUAAAGAAGACUCUGUUGAGCUCAAAGAUAUAUUCUCAGUGAAACUGAAACGGCGCUGUUCCUUUAAACAGCAAAGAAGAGGCACUUUAUUAGGCAUCACACUUUUCAUCUGCUUGAAAAAGGAACAAAAUAAGUUAAAGGAUUCUGUGCUUGAUCUUAUUAAUUACAGUGAAGACCACUGUGCCAUAUGGUUUAGAGAGUUGAAGAAAAUUUUGGCAGGUUUUUCAAACAGGCCAAAGUCAUUAAAAAUAUUCCUUAACCCACAAAGUCACAAAAAAGAAGCUUCACAAGUGUAUUAUGAGAAGGUUGAGCCUCUCCUGAAGCUGGCAGGAAUAAAGACUGAUGUGACAGUAACAGAAUAUAAAGGCCAUGCACUGUCCCUGCUUCAGGAAUGUGAACUCCAGGGAUUUGAUGGUGUUGUCUGUGUUGGUGGAGAUGGAUCUGCUAGCGAAGUAGCCCAUGGUUUACUUCUCCGAGCCCAGGAGAAUGCCGGGAUGGAAACAGACCAGGUCUUCGCUCCAGUCAGAGCACAGCUACCCCUCGGCUUAAUACCAGCAGGAUCUACUAAUGUACUGGCACAUUCUCUUCAUGGAAUCGCUCACGUGGUAACUGCAACUUUGCACAUUAUAAUGGGACACAUACAGCCCGUUGACGUCUGCACCUUUAGCACCACUGGCGAGCUUCUUCGCUUUGGGUUCUCAGCCAUGUUUGGCUUUGGUGGAAGAACUCUGGCUUUGGCAGAAAAUUACCGGUGGAUGUCCCCCAGCAAACGGAGAGACUUCGCUGUGAUUAAGACACUGGCAACACUUAAGCCUGAGGACUGUGAAAUAUCAUUUUUACCACUUACCAGCUCCCAGGAUGAAGGAGAAAGGGUGGUACAGGAAUCUCCAAACUCUGGUAAUGAGCAAUGGCAGACAGUCCAAGGUCAGUUCCUGAAUGUCAGCAUCAUGGCAAUUCCUUGCCUGUGUGCAGUGGCACCCAGAGGCUUGGCACCUAAUACCAGAUUAAAUAAUGGAAGUAUGGCUCUUAUAAUUGUACGAAACACUUCUCGGCCAGAAUUUAUAAAACACCUGAAAAGAUAUGCCAGCGUGAAGAAUCAGUUUAAUUUUCCAUUCAUUGAGACUUACAAUGUUGAAGAAGUAAAAGUAUACCCAAGGAAUACGGUCAGAUACAGUCUAGAGGAGGAGGCUGGACCUCAGGAAACUGCUUCAGGAAAUACUGCUUUCCCUUGGAAUGUGGACGGUGACUUAAUGGAAGUUUCAUCAGAGGUCCAUGUUAGAUUACACCCAGGACUUAUCAGUUUUUAUGGAGGAAGCAUGGAAGAAAUGAAUGAGUCUAAAGUAACAUGCAAUUGUUUAUAAAAGAAAUAUGUAAAGAAGCAUUUUAAUGUGGAAGGAUUUGGUUGUGCUUUAACAGAUAUUCUAAUAGAAAAUGCAUUUUUGAAAGAAAUUAAAGUUGAUAUUUUUGUUGCAACUAAAAGGUAGGAGCCAGAGCUCUCAAAAUGAAGAUUAAAAAAUAUAAAGUAAAAAAAUUCAAGUUCCAGUUUUUAGAAGGUGUUUACUGGAAGUAAAAUAAACAUUUCAUGCCCUUAGCUAUUAUCAUGAUAUAUCAAUAUUUACCCAAGAUAAUUCUAAAGCAAAAUCAUUUGAGUUUUUAUUUUCCAGGAUUUAAGCCCAUCCAGUCUGAUAUCACAUUUCCUAUAGCCUGGUAUAAGCAGCUCUCUUAGGACCACACUGAACGGAAACUAAUCCAAAGGAGUUAAAUUUCAAAAUCAUACAAGUAGUCAGUGAUAUAACCAAAAACAGAACUCUUUUUUUACAAAAGUCUUUGUAAUACAUAGACAACCUUCUAAAAAAAGGAUGUAAAAUAGGGUUUAAAACUCAUCACAAAGUGUAUAACAGGUUUUCUUUAGAACCAUGUCAGGUACCUAACUGCAUGAAAGCUAGCCCACUGGGUAACUCUGCCCUCCUUGUACUAGAAAGGUACGGGUCUGGCACUUGGCUUUCAGCAUGUACUAAAUUUUAGUUUCCUUUGAAAGAAUACUUUUCUAAAUCUGUGCUUCAUUUUGACACAUGAGCCUAGAUAUUCUAAAAGAACUAAUAUUUAAUAAUAAAAGCAUAAAAAUAUAUCUUUUGCACAAAUGCAUUAUUUAAAAUAUGUACAAGCAAAACUAAGUUUACCAUGUAUACUCUUGAGUUAAGAGGCUUUGUGCUUAAGUUUUAUUGCUCAGAUGCCUUCACAAAAUCUCUGUACAUUCGUCAUUCUCCAGCCACCGGUCACAGAGCAGAGACUUAGGAAUGGCUAACUUUCACAAGUCAGGAAACCCGAGGAAGGAGACAGCUGGCAGCAGAGACUUCACGUAAAGCAAUAUUUUCUGUAACAGUAGAGACUUUUCUCUUAUUUGAUCACUUCCUCUAACAGAUGUUCAAAAAUUUGGCCACAGUUUUCUUACCCAUACAAAGAGAUCUACAUGAAAUAAAUACUACAAAAUGACUGCAUUUGAAAAUGCCUUUAAAGAUAAAUUAUUUAAAAUUCAGCAAGAAGCUGUUUUAUCUAAAAUAUAACCUUCUGUAAUAUUAACUUAAAAAGUUUAUCUACCCAUCCAAACAUCUUUUAGAAAUUUUGAUGUCACUUUUAUGUUAAUAGUUCAAAUGUAUAUUUUUCAGUUGUCUGUGAAAUGUGUCUCUCCAUUUCUAUGGAGAAUGCAUUUGUAGGCCUGAUUAAAACACUUAUUUGCUUAAUUUAGGAUGUUAUUUUACUCUACAGUACCCAGUAAGUCUGAAAUACUGGCCUCUGAGUCAUUCUCUGCAUAGCUUUUUAAAAUCACUAGUGAGGCCUAGUUUUCAUAUUUCUUAAAUAUAUCAAUGUAUAUUAGUUGAAGUGGCAACAUUUAUAAUCUGUUGCUGUAGAAUAGAAAUUAGAACACUUAAGAAUUUUUUAUAAACAAAAAAAUUCAGGGUGUUUUUCUUUUAAUUCACUCCUAGGUACUCUUGAUAUAUGUGUAUUGUAGGAGACUAUUGGAUUUAUACCUAUAUAUGUAUAUAGACGUAUAUAUUCUUUUUAAAAAAUGUAUGGAUAUAUAGAAAAAAGUACGUAGCUCUGUAGUUAUCCAGAAGUCUUCCUGUUAAAUUCAAACCAGUGUAUUCAGCAUGAAACUUGUACAUCAGGCCUAUAUUAUUCAUAGUCUAUUGAAUAAAACAGUUGCUGGAAUAAAGAAAAUGCAUUACAAAUAAAAGUCUUUCAAGAAAAUUCCACGAAAUGAUUUUAAAGAACAUUUUACAAACAAGCUCAAA